AUGGUGAACCCCCUCGUACUGAUGCUCAGCUGGACUGUGCUCUCUGAGGUGGCCCGAGCUCAGAAUGACACGGAGCCGAUUGUCCUGGAGGGAAAAUGCCUCGUGGUCUGCGACUCUAACCCGACCACGGACUGGAAGGCUUCGUCCUCUCCGCUCGGCAUCUCAGUGCGCGCCGCCAACUCCAAGGUGGCUUUCUCUGCAGUCCGGAGCAACAACCAUGAGCCGUCGGAGAUGAGCAACAAAACGAGAAUAAUCUACUUCGACCAGGUUCUGGUGAAUAUAGGAAACUACUUCACAUUUGAAUCAGUUUUCUUGUCCCCAAGAAAAGGAAUCUACAGUUUUAACUUCCAUGUCAUUAAAGUGUACCAGAGCCAAACCAUACAGGUGAACUUGAUGUUGAAUGGGAAACCGGUCAUCUCCGCCUUCGCGGGCGACAAAGAUGUAACUCGCGAGGCGGCAACCAAUGGAGUUCUGCUCUAUCUAGAAAAAGAGGACAAAGUCUACCUGAAGCUGGAGAAGGGAAACCUAGUCGGUGGAUGGCAAUACUCAACGUUCUCUGGCUUUCUUGUGUUCCCUCUGUAA